CAACAAAAUCAUUGGUUGUGUCCAGCCCUCAAUCAGUGCAAACCAAAGGACAGCGGGUGCAGAGUGGGGAUACACACUCGACUAUAGAGGCUGGAAGCCCACACUCACACUCCCUCACACAAACACACAAAGCUGUCGAUAUGUUGCCUGCUGUUUUCCUCGUCCUGCUCUUCCUCACAGAUGGGGUGUCCCCUAAGAAAGUGUGCAGUUACCAGGAUGUUCUGGAUUACCUGAACCUGACCUUUGACAACUCGAUGCUUCAGUUGACCCGGCCUGUUGUGGACUACACACACCCCACUGUGGUCGAGUUGGACCUCAUCCUCUACGCCAUCCUGGCUGUGAACGAGAAAACACAAACUUUCAUUCCCUUUCUCUGGGCAACAGUGAUGUGGAAUAAUGAGUACAUCUCCUGGGACCCUGCUCAGUUUUGUGGAAUAACUCACAUCUCCAUUCCCAAAAACCUGCUGUGGAGACCAGACCUCUUCAUCUAUGAGAUGACACGGAAAGACGAGUCCCCUCAGAAUCCCCACAUGUACCUGUCCUAUGAUGGGAAAAUUACUUCUGAAGAGGACAUGAAUGUGGUCAGCACAUGUAAAUUAGACGUCCACAAGUUCCCCUUUGACACGCAGAGAUGCAACAUCUCCAUCGGUUCUGCAAUACACUCUGCCGAUGAAAUCCGAAUCCUUCCAUCCUCCAACUCAUCCCGGGCCACUCAGUUUUCCCGGGAGUUGAUAAAGAGUCAGGGAGAGUGGGAAUUCCUCCAACUGUCCAUCAACAGCUACAAUUUUUCCUACCACAACAGAAACUGGGAACAGCUCAUAUACACUUUCACCAUAAAGAGAAGGCCCUUCCUCCACGUCAUCAACUUCCUUUUACCCAUCCUGUUCUUCCUGUGUCUGGAUCUCGCCUCCUUCUUCAUCUCGGACUGCAGGGGAGAGAAGUUGGGCUUCAAGGUCACCGUGCUGCUGGCCAUCUCUGUCCUGCUGCUCAUCCUGAACGACAUCCUUCCUUGCAUGUCCAACAAGACUCCACUCAUAGCAACCUAUUGCAUUGUGAUUUUUGGUCUGAUGCUGCUCAGUCUGCUCGAGACGAUCUUGGUUACGUACUUAAUGGAGUUUGACUCCGCCUCCCUGGAGAAGCGCAGACUGAAGGAUGACUGCAGGGACAAAGAGGAAAAAGAAGAAAAAGACAACACUGACGACUCUUAUGCAGCUGAGAAAAGAUGGACCCACUGUUCGUGCAUCUGCAAAGUGUCAGAAGGCGAGAACGAGCAUGAAGUGCUGCCGUUGGCUCCAGAGGCCAACAGAAGCAUUCAGUCCAGAGAGUGUCAUGUGCUGCUGUUGAUUCUGAAGGAGAUGAAGGUGCUGCAGAAAACCGUCAAUCUGUGCCUGAGCUCCAGAGAUGAGGGAGGGAGACCUGGCCGCUGGGCCUCAAGGAUCAACAGGGGUUUCUUCAUCUUCUACCUAACCACGGUGUCACUGUUCCUGUCCCUCAUCUUCUAUGAAUGGAACAGUUAGAAACAGUACAGUCAUACCUCGGCAUCUGUAUUAUAAGCCCUCGAUAUGAUUUGUCAGUGUAUCUGUUCCAUUCUUAGAGGGUCAUGUUGUGCUGUAGUUGUCCAACUUGUGAAUCUACUAAAUGUUAUUUAACUGAGCUUGUUUGUGCUGUGUAGGGCCUGAUUAAUGCCCUUUUUAAGCUUUUUCAAAUUUGCAAAAUAGAUAAUCCAGGAUGCCGUUGAAGUUGAAGAAAAGACAAAAUAAUCUAGAAUCUUUGAUAGCCAAUGUCAUUUUGGAAUGUGCAGA